AUGCAAGAUUCUACUUAUUUCAGUAUUAGAGUGUAUAGGAAUAUCCAUACAUGCUCUAGGGUUGUUGCAAGCACAAUUCAGAAUAAAAGGAAAGGCACACCACAAGUAGUAGCAGAUGUUUUGCGUGGGGUCUAUCCAGGUGAAGUAGACACCCCUGCGCCUAAAGCUUUGAUCAAAGUUGUUCAAAAUGAAGCUCACGUUAAUGUGUCCUAUUCUACUGCUUUGAGAGGGAAAAAACUAGCUAUCAGUGAGCUUGUUAAUCCUGGGACAGUAACAAGUGUGAAACUGGAUGCCAGAAAUAAAUUCAAAUAUCUCUUUGUCGUUUUGGGCACUAGUAUUGAAGGGUUUAGAGCAAUGAGAAAAGUCAUAGUUGUGGAUGCAACUUUUCUGAAGAGUGUUUAUGGUGGUAUGCUUGUUUUUGCCAUAGGUCAGGACCCAAAUCAUCACCAUUACCCCAUUGCAAUGGGUGUGAUUGAUAAGGAGAAAGAUGCUAGUUGGUCUUGGUUUUUUGAAACACUGAAAACUGUAAUACCUGAUGAUGAAGAGCUGGUUUUUAUGAGUGACAGGCAUAAAAGCAUUGUUAAGGCAGUCCAGGAGGUGUAUCCUCUGUCUCAGCAUGGAUUUUGCGUUUGGCAUUUGUCACAGAACGUGAGAGGGAAGGCUAGGGUCGGAUCUGAGUAUUUAGAUAACAGUGUUCAUCUUGAAAAAUGGGCAAGAUGUUACUUCAAAGGAGACAAGUACAACUUGGACACAAGCAAUGCUUGUGAAUAUAUGAACAGUGUCUUCAAGAAGGCAAGGAAGUAUGCCUUACUACCUUUGAUUGAUGCAUACAUAGAAAAAGUGUCUGAAUGGUUCAACAAGCAUAGGAAAGGCAGUGCUAUUGCUUCAGACACGAAGAAAUUGGUGCCAUAUGUGGAGAACCAGCUGCAUAAUCUAUGUGCAAUUGCAAAUGGCUUAUUUGUCACUGAGCUUAACCAUUUUGAGCUUGAAUACAGUGUGCUUGAUAUAGACAAGAUUCCCUGUGUUCAUGCAAUAGCCGCGGACAUGGCACUGAUGCGUAACCCCAACAGAAGGAGGGAGAUACACCUCCAUGAACUGUGCCUGAAAUAUUACAGGAUUGACACAUGGGCGUUAGCUUAUUACAGAACCAUUUAUUUGGUUCCACAUCAGUCAACAUGGAUUAUUCCAGAGGAAAUUGAAAAGUUAGUCAUCUUGCCGCCAGACUACACAAAAAAAUCAGGGAGAAAGCGAGACAAGCGCUACCCUUCAACCGGAGAAGCACGCCGUAAACAAAGUAACAGGGCCAAUCCAGGCAUACAUAUUGGUCGUUGGUUUGAACCGCUUAACACAGAUGAAGAUCAAGAAGAAAACCAAGGUGAUAACCAAGGUGGUAACCCGAGUGAAGUUUAA